GAACUUAAAUAAUUACAACAAUAAAUUCAAAAUCAUCAAUCAAUCCAAAUUCAUUAAUAUGACUACUUUAUCGGAUAAGAGAAAAUUUAGUGGAAUGGAUAUACGUUUAGUAACAGAUAUUCACGAGGACAACAACUCCAAAACCUUCGAUAUGCAUUCUCCAGCCGAAAGUGGAAUAUCCAAAGAUAUGGAGAUGAAAGUAUUCGGAGAUUCACAGAUUACUCCAUUGACAGAUACACCGACCACUCCAUUGAAGGAUACAUCAACUGCUUCAUUGAAGGAUAAAUCAACUGCUCCAUUGAUAAAUACAUUAACCACGGAAUCAAAAGAUACAUCAUUUACUCCACCUACAGGUCAUUGGGAUAUUGGAGAUACUAUUCGAUAUGGAGAUAAGAAAUGGAUGAUUUUGAGAAACGAUCAUAAAUGGCAUGAACAUGAAGGUCCCGAAGAAUACAUGUUGGAAAAUUUUGAUAUUAAGAAAAUCGAGUUCUUUAGAGAGCAAGAAAUUUGUAUGGGAUCCGGAGAAGAAUUUAUAAUUGGUAAAUCCUGGACUGGAUAUCGUCAUUUUGAGGAAUCGACACUAGAUGCAAUAUUCGAGAAAUACAAACUUGGUAGUGAGGAUGAAACAAAAUUGAAAAAACUUGUCAAAAGCAUAAUGAAAGGCAAAGUAAAGCCAACGAAUGUUGCUUGUUUUGCAUUAGGAUCAUUUCAUCGUCUUUACAAUGAACCAAAAAGAUCCUUUGAACAAUUUGCGGUGCUUCUUAAACUUAUGGAGAUCUUAGAGAUUUCACCAAAUGCCAGGAACGUAAUGCAAGAUCCAGAAUUUUCACCCGCAGAUGCAAGAUUCUUUGCAAAGCAUGGAUUUGAAACUGUAUUGGACCCUGAAGGAUUUAAUUCAAUCAAUCAAGAAACAUUAGUGGUUCAAAUCGGUGGCUAUGGAUUCUUAGAUGAACGAGCCAUGGAAGGACAUUGGCCUGCAGUUUAUAUCAAGAUGGGAUUUCCAUUUAUUACAGGAGGGCAUAUUUUGGAUAAUAGGAGUCUUUUUGAGAAACAAAUCUGGGAGCGACUGAAUGAUAGAGAACGAGGUUCAUUCAAGAGUCUCUUUGAGAAAGAGAAAGUCAAGGCUUGGUGGGAAUACAAGAUGAGACGUGCUUUUAUGAAAAGAUCUUAUAGCUAUAAGGAUAUUCCCAAAGUUGGUAUAUGUGAUAGUAUGGCAUUCACCCAAUUAUUUUGGAGAAAGACAGCGGUCGGAGAGAGAAGUCGCUGCAUUGAAAUGGCGGGAGGAAUAGCGAGAGCGGCCUUGCAAUUGCUUAAAGACACGGCAUAUUAUGUGUGGUUAAUUCGACAUAAGCCAGAAUUCACGGAAGAAGAAGAAGAAGAAGAAGAGGAUGAUGAUUUUUGAGUAUAACAUGGGAUAGGAUAAAUCAUUAUAACAUCACAAUGUAUUUGGUAUGGAAUUCAAUAAAGAUAAGAAAUAAGAUACUUUGAUUUAAAUCC